AUGGGUGAGCUUGUAAAUGCUGCAAGAACAUUAGGUGAAACAGGAAAUUUUGUAGAUGGUUUUAAAAGACUUGUUUCAAAUGUUUUAACAAACACAAAGAAAUUAUUUAGAUAUACCGUACAUAACGGACGGAUUUUCGAACAGAUAGCAACAAACCCUCCGGUUAUGGCUGCGUUGAUGAUGGUUAGAGAUAUAAAACCACGUAACGACGGGAACGAAGAACAUGAACAACAGGAUACUGGUCGGGUUAUUCGAGACAUUAAAAACGUGUAUCCUGAAGUUAUUGAUUUAUUUAGAGGAGUUAAUGAUUCAAUUUCAAAACAUUCUAUAACCCUCGAUGAAGAGAAUAAAUUAACAGAUUAUAUAUUCGUCAUUAUUGCAGAAUUAAUGAAGAGAAUAAAUGAAAAAGGAAUUGGUGAUAUCAUUAAUGUCAGCGAUGUAAUGAUGAAAAGAAAUUUUGACUCAUUAUUUACAAAACCGAAAACAGAAUAUAGUCUUUAUGACGUAAUUACCGAAUUAAUGAAAAAGAUUAAUGAUAAUAAGAGUUCUGGCGGAAGAGUUGAAUUAGAAGUGAAUGAUGUUAAUGAGAAAUUAGCCGAAAAAGCAGACAAAAAUGAGCUUUUAGCUCUGAGUGAUAAAGUCAAGAACCACGUUCAUUAUAUAACUUCAGACGAACAGAUUAUAACGGACUACCAUGGAUAUUUAACACGAAGUGAUGAAGUAAAGACGGAAGAACCCAAUGAAAGAAGAUAUAAAUACAUUCGUGCUAAAGGUUAUGACAUAAGCUGUACUGUACAGUAUGACACAGGUAAAGCACCAGAAGCAUUUGGUUAUACCGGUGAAAUUUAUGCCUCUACUUUCUCUGUUAAAGGU